AAAAAGACCUUCAAGUUUGGUACUAUCGCGUCCGCUUCCUUGCUGCUUCUCACGGAGAAUCUCCCCCCUUCCAAGCCUUCCCGUGAGAGGAAAGUUGCAAACGGAUUUAGACUCCGUAUGCCAAAGCUACCUGUUUUUUGAGGUUGUAUGCAAACGCUACCUAGCUAUUGAAACUAUCCGCGGACAUUAUUGUCGUGGCUAAAAAUCUGGACUAGAGGACAUCUGAGGCGGAUGGAGAGGAGGGAGGAAGAGACGGUCAUGAGUGAUUCAGACCCUCUCCUCGAGAGGAAGGAUCAGUCAGGCUCAUUGCCCCAGCUCUCGCCACCUCAGCCGGCAACCGUAACGGUGUUGGAGAUUGAGGAUGAGGAGACCGAUGGUUCUUAUGCCGCGUGCUGCCGCAUUUGCCUUGAGGCCGAGUCGGAGAUAGGUGAUGAGCUAAUAUCACCUUGCAUGUGCAAGGGAACUCAGCAGUUUGUUCACCGUUCGUGCCUAGACCAUUGGAGGUCUGUGAAGGAAGGAUUUGCAUUCUCACACUGCACAACAUGCAAAGCUCAGUUCCAUCUUCGAGUGGAAUCUCUGGAAGAUAACUCAUGGCGCAAAAUAAAGUUCCGGCUCUUCGUGGCAAGAGAUGUUAUACUUGGUUUUCUUGCUGUUCAAAUUACUAUUGCUAUCAUCAGUGCAAUUGCAUACUUUCUAGACAGGGACGGAAGUUUCCGGAAUAGUUUCAGUGAUGGUUGGGAUCGUAUCUUGUCAAAGCAUCCAAUACCGUUCUACUACUGCAUAGGGGUUGUGGUUUUCUUUGUGCUGCUUGGAUUUUUCGGGUUGAUUGUGCACUGCUCGUCCUUGAACGACAACCAAGAUCCGUGCCUAGCUGGGUGCCGGAACUGCUGCUAUGGUUGGGGCAUCCUGGACUGUCUCCCUGCUUCUUUGGAGGCUUGCUUUGCCCUGGUGGUGCUCUUCAUCGUCGUGUUCGCUAUCCUUGGGAUUGCAUAUGGUUUCCUUGCGGCAACUAUGGCCGUCCAGAGGAUCUGGCAGAGGCAUUAUCACAUCCUGACCAAAAGAGAACUCACAAAGGAAUACGUAGUGGAAGAUCUGCACGGCAGCUACUCGGCCCCGAAGCUUGAGCCCGAGCACGAGGAGCGACUAAAAAUGCUGAAGCUACUAUAGAUGGCCCAUCCGCAUCAAAACACUGUAAAUCCCGCCUGUAUUGCUGUGUGCCGAAACAGGUGUGUACGCCUUGUCGGUAAUGUUGUUGAGUUAGAUAUUCUAUGAAACAUAGUGCUGACACCAUUCGAAACUUAUGGCUUUCUGAAUCGAAAUCCUGCAGUCCCCUAAUUUUUUUUAACACAUGAAUAAAUUUGCUGCAUGCAUCUGAUUCUGAUGUA